AUGCCCGCAACACGCUCAUCCAGCCGAAUCUCUGCAGCUAGCGCGGAAGCCUCCGCAGCGCCUAUUAACAGGCCGACCCCGAAUAACGCGCUCGUUCCUGAGGGAGAUCUCACAGCCUCGGGCAACGGAAACGAGGCAGAUGAAGACGAGGAGGAUGAAGACGAUGAAGGGAGGAAGAACAGGGAUGUGGGAAGAGUCAGACCCGAGCCAUAUAAGGUCAAGAACCGACUUCCAUUCCCGGGUGGAGAUCUGUUCUUCGACAUUGGGGGCCUGGGCAGCGGUUCGAUGGGCGGGACUUCCCCUUGUCCUGAGGGAGGUGAAGGGUACCCGGUAGCCAGACUGCCGUGCAAAAUCUACCUUCGGGAUCCCAAAACGGGGUCGAAAACGAAGAUUGGCCGAAUCAACGCGCGGUUGAUCCAGAAGUAUCCGGACCGCGGUACGGAUUUCCACAUAAUGUGCGAUGAUUUGUCUGCCGAGUUGGAAGCGAUGAGCACCGCUCUCUUCGAUCACGAGACGGAGGACUUGAAAGGGGAUUUUUGGGAUUGGCUGGGCGACAUCAUGUACAUCGAGGAGAUCUUCGUGAAAGAGCGGUACCGGGGAUACGGUAUCGGCCUACUAGCGGUCGACUACCUCAUUUCCCAGAUCCCCAGCUUUGCGCAGCUGGUGGUCAUCCUUGCGCCUUGUCCCUUCAAUCCGAGCGGCUUCGGACAAGACCAAUUCGAAGAUUCGCUCGCUCGUGACCGGUCCACCGCGCUGCAGGGUCUCGAGCCCUCGCUUUGCAUUACCAGCGGAUCGGCUUCCAGAGGAUGA